CCCACUUUGAUUAAUCAGCCCGCCAUCAGCGAUUAAGCUUACCCGUAGCUUGAGAUCGUCCCGCAAGUGGCGCGUGGCCGAGAGACGUCAAAAUGUUUUGUCCCGCGAACUUCAUCUCGUCCACCACCACAUCCAUCAAUGAUUCACGCCUCACGAGCACCCCGGCGGUUGCCUCGCAUCGUCGCACCAUACGCUCGCACUCUUCUCCACCCAUCGCGAAGACGAUAUGCCUCCAUCACGGACGUCGCCAACCUCCCGAAGCCUGGAACUCACCUCCACGGCUUCACUCUUCAGCGAACCAAGCACGUUCCCGAGCUAGAGUUGUCCGCUCUACACUUCAAGCAUGACAAGACCGGCGCCGACUACCUCCAUGUAGCGCGUCAGGACGACAAUAAUGUCUUUAGUAUCGGUUUCAAGACGAAUCCUCCGGAUGCGACUGGCGUGCCGCAUAUCCUGGAGCAUGUCACUUUGUGCGGGAGUGAGAAAUAUCCCGUUCGCGAUCCUUUCUUCAAGAUGCUGCCACGGUCCCUCCAAAACUUCAUGAACGCAUUUACCAGCGCCGAUUAUACCAUGUACCCUUUCGCCACGACGAACGCGCAGGACUUCAAGAACCUGAUGGGUGUAUACCUUGAUGCAACAUUACACCCGCUGCUGAAGCCGGCGGACUUUGUCCAAGAGGGGUGGCGAGUUGGACCGGAGAACCCACUGGUUGAGUCGCAAGACGCUCAAGACUUGGUAUUCAAGGGUGUGGUGUACAACGAGAUGAAGGGCCAGAUGUCCGAUGCCACCUACUUGUUCUACAUCCGCUUCAUGGAACACGUGUUUCCAUCACUCAACAACAGUGGUGGAGACCCGGCGAAAAUGACGGCUCUGACGUACGACCAGCUCAAGACUUUCCACCAGGAGCAUUACCAUCCAAGUAAUAGCAAGAUCAUCACAUACGGCGACCAGCCCGUCGAGAAUCAUUUGCAGAUGCUUGGCGCGACAUUGGAUCAAUUCGGCGAGAGUGAGCCUGAUAGCGACAUCAAGCUGCCAGUUGACCUGUCCAAUGGACCGAACAUGGUGACCAUCGCGGGACCUAUCGACCCCCUUACACCCCCCAGCGCACAAUACAAAACAAGCCGAACCUGGAUGAUGGGUGACCCCACGGACAUCUUGGAGUCUUUCGGUCUCCAAAUCGCGACUAGCCUUUUGAUGGACGGAUACGGCUCGCCGUUAUACCGCGCUCUCAUCGAAUCCGGCCUCGGGACGGACUUUACGCCAAACACCGGGUACGACAAUUCCGCCCGUCGCGCCAUCUUCUCCGUCGGCCUGAACGGUGUCACGGAGGAGAAUGUUCCAAAGGUUCACGAAGCGAUCACGGCGGCGCUGCAAGAGGUCAUUGCGAAAGGGUUCGUGAAGCAAAAGGUUGAUGGAGUACUGCACCAGCUAGAACUCGGCCUCAAACACAAGACAGCGGCAUUCGGGCUGAACCUUGUGCAAAGGCUGAAGCCUGGCUGGUUCAACGGCGUCGACCCAUUCGACGCUUUGGCCUGGAACAGCAUAGUGGAGGGCUUCAAGGCCGAGUAUGCCAAAGGUGGAUAUCUCGAGAAGCUGCUAGGCAAGUACCUGGCAAACGACAACACGCUAUCCUUCACCAUGGUUCCUAGCCCCACGUAUGGAGCAGAACUUGCUGCCGAGGAAGCGGAGAGGCUGGAAAGGAAGAUCACGGAGACGGUGAGCCAAUUCAAGACUAAAGAGGAGGCCCAUGAGCAUCUUCGAAUGAGAGAGCUGGAGCUUCUGCACGAGCAGGAAUCGGGCAGAUCGGAGUCGUUGGACAGUCUGCCCACCUUGCACGUGGCCGACAUUCCGCGCGAACAGAGGAAAGUCGAGCUGCGCUUUGGCGAGAGUCAGAAUGGCACAAAGGUCCAAUGGAGGGAGACUGCAACAAACGGAAUCACAUAUUUCCGCGCCUUGUCGCUGUUCAAAGACCUCCCAGACGAACUUCGCAUGCUGGUUCCGUUGUUCUGCGACAGCCUGAUGCGCAUUGGGACCAAGGACAAAAGCAUGGAGGAGCUGGAAGACUUGAUCAAACUUCGAACGGGAGGGAUACAUCUCGGCUACCACGCUUCCACUUCGCCCCGCGAUACCCAGACGGCCGAAGAAGGGUUGAUGUUCUCGGGCCACGCUCUGGACCGCAAUGUGGGAGCCAUGUACGACCUCAUCAGCCGGAUACUAACGGAGACGGACUUUGACAGCCCGAAAGCACAAAAGAUGAUUCGACAGCUGCUCCAGUCCAGCGCCAGUGGUGCAGUCGACACCAUAGCUAGUGGUGGACAUGGGUAUGCGAGGAACUACGCAGCAGCUGGUCUCACGCCGAGAGGCAAAAUGGCGGAGCAGACUCAAGGCUUGACGCAAGUCGGGCUCAUCACAUCUUUGGCCGUUGCGGAGGAAAACGAACAAGCCAUGAUCGAAUUAAUCCACAAGCUGAAGAUGAUCCAAGCACUUGCAGUCGCAAAUCUGAAGCUAGGAAGUCGAGUCGCUCUCACCUGCAGCCCCGACGUCUCCAGCAACAACGAACAAGAACUCGCCAAAUUCCUCACAACCACCACCUCCACCAACCUAACCGGCAACCUAUCCGCAAACAACCCCCCACUCCAAACCAACCUCCAAUACCCCCCGGGCGUGCAAACCUUCUUCAACUUCCCCUACCAAGUGUCCUACUCCGCGCUCACACUCCCCACAGGCCCCUACACAGACCGCAGCACCGCCUCCUUCGCCAUCCUCGCCCAGCUCCUCACGCACAGACACCUGCACCACGAAAUCCGCGAAAAGGGCGGCGCAUACGGCGGCGGCGCCUUCAGCGCAGGCAACAACGGCUUCUUCGGCAUGUACAGCUACCGCGACCCGAACCCGGAGAACACGCUGCGCAUCAUGCGCGACGCGGGCCGCUGGGCGGCGGAGCGCGAAUGGAGCGAGCGCGAACUGGAAGAGGCGAAGCUGAGCGUUUUCCAGAGCGUGGAUGCGCCUAGGGGCGUGAGUGAGGAGGGGGCGACGCGCUUUUUGAGCGGGAUUGAUGAGGCGAUGGAGCAGGAGCGGCGGGAGUGGUUGUUGGAUGUGGAUCGCGGGCAGGUGAGGGAGGCGGCGGAGACGUUGGCGGGGCAGAUGGGCGAGGCGAGUGUGGUGUUGCUUGGGGAGAGGAAAACGUUUGUUAGUGAGGAGCGGGGAUGGGUGGUUAGGGAUUUGGGCAUUGCGGAGAAGCAGGCGGCGAUCAAUGAGGAGGAGGUGCUUGAGAGUGCUGCUGCUUGAGAGGAGUGUUACUUCGCGCGUGCUUGGACGAUACCCAACUCUUGAAAUUGAAACAUGCAAGAACGCAUCGACUCAUUCGAACUCGCGACCUGCCCAAAAGACUCAUUCGAACUCGCGACCUGCCAAAAAGACGCAUUCGAACUCGGGGCCUG